CACACGAUUCUGGCAAUGGCGCUGGCCAAGCCAAGCCAAGCCAUUCAGUCGGGAAAUUUUGUACGAGCUAUGCACACACGGCGGGCGUCAUAAGCGGCGACGGCAGCGACGGCGGCACUAACCAAAGUAAAAACGAAAAGUCGUAGUACCUUUCACGUUCACGUUCACGCUUACCGCCAGCUACUCUACUGUGCUCUGCUCUGCUCUGCUCUGUUCAGUUCAGUUCUGUUCAGUUUAGUUCGCUUCGGUUUAGCUUUCAGUGGUUUGGCUUUCAGUAUUCGGCGUAAUCUCGGGCAGUACGGACGUGUUGGUGUUGCGCUCCGCUACAAUUUGUUGCACGACUUUAUCGUAACUAGAAAGACGUAAAUUUUGUUCGCACUCUCGCGACUUUGGAAUUUCUUGUGCUAAUGCAAAAUCACCAGCGGCAAAGCUGAGCAUCAUUUUGAAAUUAAAAAAACAAGUUUUUGUGUUCAUUUACGCGUGUGACGAAUUCAUUUGAAUUCUGUAAAAAUGACAAAAUGACAGCAAAACGUGAUAAGGAUUACAACAAAAAUAAAUCUACAGCGGGUGUCGGAUUCUCCGCGUCAAGUUCAACAAAUGGCGGCGCUAUCAAAUCGAUUGGGCUGGUGAGCUCGUCACAAAAUGUAAGCUCGUCGCAGGACAUUAGCAAGCGAACGAACAAACCACUCAUGGAGAAGCGACGACGUGCCCGCAUUAACCAAAGCCUGGCCAUAUUGAAGGCCCUCAUCUUGGAGUCCACCAAGAAUCAGAAUGCAAAGAACGGCGAUGGUCAAGCCAAGCAUACGAAAUUAGAGAAGGCCGACAUUUUGGAGCUGACAGUGCGACACUUUCAGCGCCAUCGCAAUUUGGAUGAUCCAUCUGUAAACAAGUAUAGAGCGGGCUAUACGGACUGUGCAAGGGAAGUGGCGCGUUAUUUGGCGACGCCAGAGCCGCCGCCUUUGGGUAAUAUGCCCACACUGGCGGAGCCGGGCUCAAAGGCGCGUCUGCUGCGUCAUUUGGAUCAAUGCAUAGCCGAGAUUGAUGUGGAGAUUUGCCCGCAAACCAGCAAUGCCAACUUUGCCGAGAGUCCCAACAGCAGCACCAAUUGCUACGAUCUAAACUCUGCUGCCAAUCUGCUCAAGAAAUCCACUGCACAGUCACAGCCCGAAGAGCAUUCGUUGGAUUACAGCAGUCAAGACUCUAAUCCGCUAGACUACAGCAAAGGACUCAAGCUGACAGACGCUGCGCUAAUAGCGCCGCAGUCCACACCCACAAUGGCGCCACAGGAUGAAAACAACAAUCGUGGCCAGCUGCCGCCCACAGCACAAGCGCCGGCAGUUGCCACGCCAACAGCAGCAGCAGCAGUAGCAGCAGUAAAUGGUGUUGCCACUGAGCUGAGCUACGACAGCGAAGCCAACAAACUGGUCUGCGUCAACGUGCUGGAACAAUAUAAACAGCAGUUGAAGGAGGCGGGCGUAGCUGCCACCAACAAUGGCGUGCUGGUGUUGCCACCUCACUAUGUGCAACUGGCGGCGGCUUUGGGGUUGAGCGCUCAGCCCAUGGUGGAUCCCAUAGCUACGCGCACAGACUUCGAGCGUCUGAUAGAGCUGCAGCGCCUGCAGCCGCAUUUGGCGGGCAAGCUGAGUCCCAACUUUGCCGGCAGCUUGGAGGCGGCGCAUGUGGCAGCUGCGGCAGCCGCUGCUUAUGCCAAUAGCGUUGCUGGCAACAGCACUGUGGCCACGGCUAUGCUCACAGAGCGGCCCGCCUCUGUGGCCUCCUCUAUGGCGGCGGGUUCCGUUAGCUCGGGAGUAUCCGACUUGAAGUCUGCGCCAGUUACGCAGCAGUCGUCGCCACGCUCAGAGAGCGGCAUAGGCUCCAAUUCCAAUGAGCUGGAAACACUGGACGCCAGUCCACAGACAAGCAGUGCGGCCAGGCAAGCGCUGCGACUGCGGCAGGAAGAGGAGUAUCGCGCCCAGCACUUAGCAGCCUGCCAGCAGGGCAGCGAUGAGAGCAUGUGGCGACCCUGGUAGACCCUAGUGGAGCUGGAGGAGACGGAGACGGCCUUGUACAGUACCGCUCGUUGGUAUAGCUUUUAUAUACUAAGUAUGCAAAACCUGUAUUUAUGUAUGUAGACUGCGCUAGUUUAUUGCUUUGUUAUGAUUGUUCGCCAACCCACUAACCCUAAAAAUAUAUGUACUAUGUACCACUUACAUAAAAAAUAAAAACUAUUGUUAAGCCUGCUCGUACGAUAUAUGGAAAUUCAAACACGAUGCAUUUCACACUUGUGCCAAUGCUAAGAAAGACUCUAUAAAUGAUAACUAGCAAAACAAAAUGUUUCAAACUAUAUGUGUAAUUCCCUAAGCCCCCCUUCACCCGAAGACACUUGUGUUUCUCUUGUUUAAAUACUAAAAAGAAAAUUAAAAACUAAAUAUUCUUGUGUCAAGUGAUUAUAUACGCUUACUAAACGGGCUUUCGUUUUUUG